AUGGUAUCUGGAUCGAAUUUCGAGAUCAUGACAAUCACAAACGAACUGGUAUCAACUACCUAUCUCCCUGAAGUGGCUCCAGAACAAGGUUGGACGAAAAUUGAAGCUAUUGACUCACUACUACGAAAGGGUGGAUAUUCUGGUCGCAUCACAGACCAAGUACGACAAAAGAUUGUUUUGACGCGUUACCAAAGCUCCAAAUACACGAUCACGUAUGAGGAGUAUCUGAAGCUCAAGUCGGCUGCUUGA